AUGCGUCUCCUGAAGCGUAACCCCAACGGCGAGCUCUGUGUGACGGAAGAUUUUGUGACGAGAAGAUUCCCCAAAAUAAGGUUCGAAGAGUUCGUCGAAAGUACGGGAAAGAAUAAGACGGGUUAUAAGAAGAUCGAGUUCUGUGGAGAACAGGCAGCUCGUGAUGGCUUGGAGUACUUCUGGGUGGAUACCUGCUGUAUCGAUAAACGAAAUAAUACGGAGCUCUCCGAAGCUAUCAACUCCAUGUUUCAGUGGUACCAUAAUGCAGGGAAAUGCUACGUCUAUCUAUCGGACGUUUCGAUACGGAACGCUGGAAAGAACGACGGGGACGGCUUGCAUCACUCGACUUGGAAGUCGGCCUUUCGGAAAAGUCGAUGGUUCACUCGGGGUUGGGCACUUCAAGAGCCGAUUGCUCCGGAAUCGGUUGAAUUUUUCUCAAAAGAGGGUGAGAAGCUGGGAAGCAAGAGAUCGCUCGAGCUACAGAUUCGCGAAAUCACCGGAAUUCCAGUCGGAGCCCUUCGAGGGGGGGCACUCAUUCAAUUCAGAGAGGCAGAGCGACUGUCAUGGGCGAAAAAUCGCGAGACUACGAAAAAGGAAGAUAAAGUUUACUCAGAGGGUGCAUUCAGACGGCUGCGGGUGGAGAUUGAAAGAGCAUCGAAGGGCGAUCAGAUCAACGAUUCCUCUAUUAGCUUUAGUCUUGCUGAUAUCUCAGAGACAGAGCACUUUGUUGCAAGAGAGAUGGAGUUUAUAGAAAUACAUACGGUACUCAGUGGUGAUGGCAGCCGUCGCAUCGCAGUUCUUCAUGGUCUGGAAGGAAUCGGCAAAACGCAGCUCGCGGUCGCCUAUGCGAAGCGGUAUCGAGACAGCUACUCCGCUGUGUUCUGGCUCAACGCUAAAGAUGAAGAUUCUUUGAAGCAGAGCUUUGGCAAUGCUGCUAGGAGGAUACGACAAGAAAAUCCCUCUGCCAAGUGUCUAAGCGGUGUGGAUUUGGAAGGGAGCGUUGACGAAAGUACGAGAUUGUUGGUAAUAUUUGAUAACUACGAUAAUCCUAAAUUGCCAGGCGAUUCAGAUAUCAAGGCAUUAGUUAUCCGAAAGUUCCUCCCCGAAUCAUACCAAGGAUCGAUCAUCAUUACCACACGGUCAUCACGGGUCAUAGUCGGUUAUCGCAUACCAGUCCGAAAACUGGAGAACGCACAGGAUAGCCUAGAAAUCUUGUCGAAGGCGUCAAGACGAGAAGGGCUAAACAAAGAUCCUGACGCCAUGAAGCGUAUCAAAGAGCUAGAUGGACUUCCUCUCACCUUAGCCACAGCUGGAGCAUACCUCGAUCAAGUGACGAUCAGUUUAGCCCGCUAUCUCCGUCUAUAUAAGGAAUCAUGGUUGAACUUGCAGCAGGCAAGCCCCGAGCUAAGCUCAUAUGAGGAUCGUAUGCUAUACUCUACAUGGGAGACCUCCUUUAAGCACGUUCAACGACAGAACAGACUUCCGGCCCAGCUUCUUCAGCUGUGGGCAUACUUUAAUAACCAGGACAUCUGGUUCGAGCUUCUUCGGCACAGCGACUCCGGGGAUCCAGAGUGGAUCCGUGAGCUCACUAAAGACGAAAUGAGCUUUAAUAACGCGAUUCGAGUGUUGUGUAAUCACGGACUAGUAGAGGCGGACUCGUCAUCGCAAGAGUUAGUAGAGUCAAGAGGCUACAGCAUGCAUAGUUGUGUACACUCGUGGACGAGGCAUGUUCUGAAUCAAGAAUGGAGUCAGGAUAUGGCGAAGCUUGCUCUGAAGUACAUGCGAGCGCUAUGCUGUGCAGAACUGUCGGUUGCAGAGAAGGCAGGUCUGAAUAGGCCCCAGCAUUUGAAAGUUGCUAUGCUUUCAAUUCCGAUGUUGUUGCAUGCCGUUACAAACGAAGCAAGGGGAGGCCGUAACUGAUAUAAUUGCGGCGGAAUAAUGGGUUGUUUGAGCCUAAACAGUUAGAGCUUCAGGACUUAGGUCCCGUUGUGUUU